AUGAGUGAGUUUUGGUUGUGUUUCAACUGCUGUAUUGCGGAACAGCCUCAGCCUAAAAGACGACGGCGGAUUGACCGAAGCAUGAUUGGGGAGCCGACAAACUUUGUUCACACAGCUCAUGUAGGAUCAGGAGACCUAUUCAGUGGAAUGAAUUCGGUCAGCUCAAUUCAGAACCAAAUGCAGUCCAAGGGAGGCUAUGGAGGGGGCAUGUCUGCAAAUGUUCAGAUGCAGCUUGUAGAUACAAAGGCAGGAUAACCUUGGGGAAACCUUUCCAGCUUAUGCAAGUUCCUGUAUCUCUUUUCCCAUGUCCCCCCUUUUGCCUUUGUGACUGCUUUCUGUGCUCAUGACAAGAGAAGUGAUGGAUCGUUGUUCACCCUUUGUGAUUACUCCAGUGAAAAGUUGCUGUUCUGCUCUGAUGAUGCCAUUUAUCAGAUUGGUCUGACCGUGCCUUUCAGUGGCAUGCACAUAUUGACCUCUACCAGUAUCAUGGACAUAGAGCUGUUUAGGAUUGUUUUUAGCUUUUUGUUUCUUUUCAGGCAAAUUAAAGCACCAACCUUAGUUUCCCUCAUCCCUCACAAAUACUAAUGUGCAACAUACUGUUGCUUUUUAGUCUUUACAUUUUUUCUUCACUCAAGUAAUUUAGAAAUGAGUCAGUUUCCAUUAAUAUCUUCAGUCAUCUGGUGUUCAUACCCAUUUUUGAAAGGUCUGGGACCUGCAAGCACAAAUGAUUAUUUCAUAUGAAAAUCAGCAGAGUAGAUGACCGCAUGUUUUGUGAGGUUGCUUUGUAUGGUGGUCUGCUUGGUGCUAGAGGAAAAAAAACAAAAUUGCUUACUGCAGACUGGUGACAAAUUUUGCUGUUGCACCAAGUUAUGCCUGUUUCUGAAAAAGGACUUGUAACUUAGCUGCUUCAGAGUUAUGUCUUUAUUUUAGUUUUUAUCCGACUGGUCUUGAAAUAAAGAAAGAGCUUGCAUUCAUGAGGCAUUUGUUGUAAAUGUUCAGUAUAUUUAUUUUGAAAGAGCUGACUUUGAGACUGUAAACCAGUGUAGUACUGUAUCUAGGUGUUGUGGAAGCGCUUUAGUCUAUUUAAAGAAGAAAAGCAUCAUGUUUGGCUGCUUCUUUUUCAUUCUACAGUUUUUCU